AAGCUGGAGCGAGGAGGAGGAGCAGCUGUCAGGACUGAGACUCAGAGGAGUCAGCAGCUCACCUUCUCUAACUCUAACUCUGAGUCUGAGUUUUAGUUUUAGUGUUUUAUACACAGCGCAGAGAGGAUGAUAAUGCAGCGGUUGGGGGUUGUGUGUGUUGGGCUGCUGUUAGCAGGUGUACUGGAGUGCAGGGAGCUGCCCAUCUGUAAAGAGUCAGAUUACCAUUUUGAGUACACAGACUGCGAUGUUCAGGGGUCACGAUGGAGAGUGUCGAUUCCAAACAAGCCUGAUACCUGCACAGGCCUACCUGACCCAGUUAAGGGAACACACUGCACAUUUACCUGUAAUGAGGGCGAAUACCUGGACAUGAAGACGCAGGAGUGUCAGAAGUGUGCAGCAGGAACGUAUUCUCUGGGCACUGGCGUGGCUUUUGACGAGUGGGACAGCCUGCCUGCUGGGUUCAUUAGCCAAGGCAUCAACAUGGAAUUCGGAAACAUGCUCACAAACUGCACCAACUCAACCUGGACCCCAAAAGGUGACCACAUAGCCUCUAAUACAGAUGAGUGCAGCUCCACACUAUCGUAUGCAGUGAGUCUGAAGCAGCCUGGCUCCGUGUCCUUCCAGUACUUCUAUCCUGAUUCCAACAUCUUUUUUGAAUUUUAUGUUCAGAAUGAUCAGUGCCAGUCUACUGACUCCCAGAGCCGAUGGCUGAAGAGCUCUGAGAGUGACUGGGAUACUCACUAUGUGCAACUGAACAGUGGUAACAAUAUUUUGUACUGGAGAACCACAGGCUUCUCUCUGUCUAGCAACUCCGUUAAACCAGUGCUGCUGAAGAAUAUCGCCAUCUCAGGGGUUGCAUACACAUCUGAGUGCUUUCACUGUAAGCCUGGCACCUACAGUGAUAAACCCGGGGCUGCCCGCUGUGCCCCCUGUGCUGCUGACACCUACUCUAACAAGGGAGCCACUGUCUGCCAGGAAUGUGAGAAAGAGAAAUAUUCAGGGAUCGGAUCAGGGACGUGUCAGGAUAGACCAGCCUGCACCGCCACGGAUUACUUCUACACUCACACUCCCUGUGACUCCACAGGCCAGACACAGCUGAUGUAUAAAUGGAUCGAGCCAAAGAUCUGCAGUGAGAAUGCAGAGGGAGCAGUGAAACUCCCAGCAUCCGGAGAGAUGCAGACCUGCCCUCCCUGCAACCCUGGAUUCUUCUCCAACAACUCCUCCGUCUGCCAGCCCUGCCCUCAAGGAUCCUACUCCAAUGGAACAGAAUGUUCAGAGUGUCCAGUCGGAACAGAGCCGGUGGUGGGUUUCGAGUAUAAGUGGUGGAACAGAAUGCCCGGCAACAUGAGGAGCUCCGUCUUCAGCCGAGAGUAUAGUGACACUCAGAGGAGCACAGGAUGGGAGGUAGCUGGAGAGUACAUUUACACCACACCAGGUGACCUAGACUCGGACUUAAUGAUGCUAACACUCACUGUGCCUGGUUACAGCUUGCCACAGUCCCUGGCUAAAGAUAACGAGAGAGCGGAACUCUCUAGAAUCACAUUCGUUUUUGAGACCAAGUGCACAGCUGACUGCAGGCUUUUCUUCAUGGCAGGUUUGAAUGAGAGGAACAAUGCUCUGGCAGAGAGUUGGAGAGGCACCAAUGGGAAACAGUCCUACUCUUACCUGAUUAAGAGUAAUCUUACCGUCAGUUUUACCUGGGGCUUUCAGCGCACUGAGGCCUACACCACGGAAAGGCAGUACAGUUCAGACUUUGCUAAACUCUACUCCGUCCACAUCACUAAUGUAAUCGGCGGGGUGGCCGCUGAGUGUCGACAGUGUGCAAUGGACUCCUCCCAUAAAGACUCGGCCUGCGUGCCCUGUCCUCCCGGACACUACAUGCUAAAGGGGACAGGAGUCUGUAAGAGCUGCCCAUCAAACACCUUCAUCAGGCCUGAGCAGCCCCUCGGAGAGGAGGCCUGCAUCCCAUGUGGACCCAACACACGCAGCAACCAAGCACGUUCUGCAUGUGUGAGUGACUGUACUCUGGCUGUGAAAUACAGAGGACAGACCCUGCAGUACAAUUUCUCUCCUCUGGGCAACAUCACUCACUUCCAGAGCAGCCCUCGCUUCACCAGCAAAGGCCUGCGCUACGUCCAUCAGUUCAGCGUGGGGCUCUGUGGCACUGAGGGCCGUGCUUUGGCGUCGUGUGUUGAUAAUGUGACAGACAGCAGUAAAGAAGUGAGCGGUUAUGUCUGUCAGUCAGUCACAGUGCCCUCAGAGGUCAGAGGUCAAAGCGUGGUGUCUUCACAGCCCUUUGUCAUUGGAAGCACGUUAAUUGGGGUAACAACUGAGUCCACCCUGGAUCACAUCUCAUCUUCUGAGGAUAGCUUCCCUGCUGACUCUGAAUCUGAUCUGCCUGAUGUUAUAUUCUAUUACCGAGCAAAGGAAACAACACAGGCGUGUAAAAAUGGAAGAUCAGCCUCCAUCAGGCUCAGAUGUGAUCCCAAGGUCACAGCCAUGGAUCAGGUCUAUGUACCAAGCAAGUGUUCAGAGGGAACCUGUGAUGGCUGCUCCUUCCACUUCCUGUGGCGCUCCCAGCAUGCCUGCCCUCUCUGCUCUGAGAGAAACUAUAAAGAGAUAGUGAGUGCGUGUAUUGAGGGAAUUCAGAGGACGACUUACGUGUGGCAGCAGCCUCUGCGAUGUACAGGAGGCGUAUCUCUGCCGGCUCCUCGGGUCAGCGCUUGUGUCACUCUGGAUUUCUGGCUGAAAUUCGGUGUUUCUGUUGGAACAGUUGCGGCCGUUCUGCUCAUCACUAUUAGCUGCUACUUCUGGAAACGGACGCGCAAGCUGGAGUAUAAGUACUCGAAGCUGAUGAUGAACGCAGGAGAGAAAGAGUGUGAUCUUCCUGCUGCAGACAGCUGCGCUAUUAUGGAGGGAGAAGAUGCAGAGGAUGAUCUUAUUUAUCUCACCAAGAAAUCCUUCUUCACCAGGAUUAAGUCCUUCUCCAGAGAGAGAACAUCUGAUGGCUUUGACUCUGUACCUUUGAAGUCAUCCUCAGGCAUGGAGAUGGAGAUGAACUAACCUACUCUAGGACCUACUCUAUCAGAUCAGGAGAUUGUGAUAUCAUGUGGUGUCCAAAUGGUGUGUGAGAUACAGGGAAGAAUCGCUCAGCUGUAUAAAGAUACACCUCCCCUCACAGCAGACAGAUCAGCUCUGUCUGAGCUUUACAGAUUUCCUUGCCGGACUUUCAGACUCUCUCAAAUUCUCCUAGUGUGCUGAGGUUCUGACUGACUAAAUGAGAAGAGUGAAAAGCAAGGAUUCGGUUUCAUUUUCAACGUACUACUUAUUCUACAAAAGUUUUGGAGAAAAAAAAAAUGUUUGUUUGUUUCUUAUGUUCGAUUCCUUUACAGUUUACAUUAUCUCUCUACAGUUUAUAUUAAAUCUGUUUAUGUUCAGUGUGGGUCAGAAACACUACUGGGAGUAACUGUGUUUUUCUUUGCCUUUUUGAGAAUUGUAUUUAGUUUUAUAAAAUAUUCAUUAAGUAAUAUUUUGCCUGAGUAUUUGUUACCAUACCAUGUUUUUCAUUUUUAUUUUACUAAAUUUGCCAAUUUCUAAACAAUUUUUCUUGUUUAAUUUUACCUGUUAAUUUAUUUUCUCAUAUUUAAAAGCACCAUGUAUGUAUAGACUGAGGUGCCUUAUAAAGCCUUUACUCAUAUAUUGUGUUCUGAGUGUUUCCUUAUGUAUAACAAUAAUGAAAUAAGGCUGCACAUUAUAUCAUUUUAGCAUCAUCACUGCAAUGUGCAUGUGCACAAGUCACAAAAUCAUUCAAUGAGGAUUAAAAUUAAAACCAUAUCACCUCA